CCACUAAGCAAUUCCAGCAAACAACAACAACAACAACAUCACAUUCACAUCCCUUCUCUCUCCUCUUUCUUCUUUAAAACCUCCUCUUCUCUCGUCUCUUCUGUUUUCCCCUCCAAUUAUUGUCCCCUUUCCCCUUUCUUCUUCUCAACCUCAUUUCGAGCUCCAACAAUGGCGGCCGUUGACUCCACCAACUACGGAUUCGAUCGUCCUGAGAUGUAUUCUCUUCCCGUCGCUAAUUCCGUCGAAGCUUACGAUCGUCAUGUCUUCCUUUGCUACAAAUCUCCCGAAGCUUGGCCUUCUAAUGUUGAAAACUCUGAUGUCGAUCCUCUUCCUAAGCUUCUCGCUUCUGCUCUAAAAGCUCGCAAGGAUGAUAUUCCUCUCAAGACUCGUCUGACCAUAUGUGGUGGCUGCAAUGGGGAUGAGUGCUCAGAUGGUGAUUUAUACAUUUUCCCAGAGAUGGUCAAAUAUAGGGGGUUGAAGGAGUCAGAUGUUGAUGCUUUUGUUGAUGACGUUCUUGUGAAUGGUAAGACAUGGGGUUCUGAAGUACCUGAAUCCUUAGUUGGUGCAUAUGUUUUUGUUUGCUCCCAUGGUAGCAGGGAUAAAAGGUGUGGUGAAUGUGGUCCUGUCCUCAUUGAAAAGUUCAAGGAGGAGAUUCAGUCAAGGGAUUUGAAUGAUAAGGUUUUCAUGAGUGCUUGUUCUCAUGUUGGGGGUCACAAGUACGCUGGAAAUUUGAUCAUCUUUGGGACAAAUGCUGAGGGAAAGGUUACUGGGGAUUGGUAUGGUUAUGUCACUCCAACUGAUGUGCCAGACUUGCUUGAUGUGCAUAUUGGCAAAGGAGAAAUCAUAGAAAAGUUAUGGAGGGGUCAAAUGGGCUUGAAAUUAGAGGCUGCUGAAAAAGAAGAGAACAAACCCACAACUGAAAACAUUCAGGAGAAAACUGAAGAGAAAUCACAGGAAACUGAGGUUAAGGAAAGUACAACAGGCUGUUGCCAGGGUACAAAUGCAGUUUCUUGUUGCAGGGAUGGCUCUGUUGCCAAUGGAGAAGUUGCAGAAGUAAGCCCAAAGAAAGCCUCAGAUGAGCCUUGCAAGAAAGGCACUGUAUGCUUGCCAGCUUGGGCAGGAAAAUGGGAGCAGAGUGAUCUUCUGAUGGUCGGCGCUGUUGUUGGUGCUGUAGCAACUGUUGCUGUGGCUUAUAGCAUCUUCAGAAGGUCGGCAUAGGCUCUCAAAAUGUCUGCUUGCAGUUAGAUGUGUGAAUUACGAUCUUUUUGUAGUGAGGUUUAAACAAUAAUCUUUAAAUCCUUGCGUUUGGCUACUAGUUAAUUGCUAAUAUAGCCUUAAAGUGGGAUGGGUAUGGGUGAUUUGGUGGAUUUAAAGACAAAUCACUUCACUAUCCCAAUAUAUUGCUUCUCAAGCACUAUACAGUUUAUAUUUGGGGAUUGGAGAAUCCUUGUGUUACAUUGAAAUAACACUUGUAUUAGUUGUGUUGCUAGUCAAUUUCUAGCUAAUAUGAACAACGAAACUGAUUUUCUGUGCA